GCAGUCCGCGUACUCCCAGCCGGUCAGCCCUCGGCUCGCUCCGGACUCCGCGCAUCUCUGCAUCUCUCCGAGGGCUCGGCUCGCGGGAGCGAGCAGGGGAGGGGACGGCAGCCGGCGCCCGAGGGCCCGAGGAGUCGUUCUCCGCAGCAGGCAGCUGCGGCCCUAGCUGCGGCAGCGGCUGCCUGUGGCGCCCGCGCCGGGUGGCCGAGAGCGGUGGGGCGGGAGCUCACAGGCAGCAUGGCGGGGCUGCGGGCCAGGCUGGGCUCGGGGCUCGGGCUGCUGGCGCUGUCCACGCUGGGCCUCUGCCUAAUACUGCAAGUCGGCGCCAAGAGGCCCCCCAAGACGCCCCCGUGCCCGCCCAGCUGCUCCUGCACCAGGGACACCGCCUUCUGCGUGGACUCUAAGGCAGUGCCCAGGAACCUGCCCUCCGAGGUCAUCUCUCUGACGCUGGUGAAUGCUGCCUUUUCGGAGAUCCAGGAUGGAGCAUUUUCCCACCUGCCACUGCUGCAGUUCCUGUUACUCAAUUCCAACAAGUUUACACUGAUUGGAGACAAUGCCUUCACAGGACUAUCUCACCUGCAGUACCUCUUCAUUGAGAACAAUGACAUCUGGGCACUUUCCAAGUUUACCUUCAGAGGACUCAAGUCUUUGACACACCUCUCACUGGCCAACAAUAACCUGCAGACACUGCCUAGAGACAUCUUUCGGCCCCUGGACAUCCUGAGUGACUUGGACCUGCGGGGCAACUCGCUCAACUGUGACUGCAAGGUGAAGUGGCUGGUGGAGUGGCUGGCACACACCAACACCACGGUGGCGCCCAUCUACUGCGCCAGCCCGCCCCGCUUCCAAGAGCACAAGGUGCAGGAUCUGCCGCUGCGGGAGUUCGACUGCAUCACCACAGAUUUCGUGCUGUACCAGACCCUGUCCUUCCCAGCGGUGUCGGCUGAGCCCUUCCUUUACUCGAGUGACCUCUAUUUGGCUUUGGCCCAGCCAGGAGCCAGCGCUUGCACCAUCCUCAAGUGGGACUAUGUUGAAAGGCAGCUUCGAGACUAUGAUAGAAUCCCAGCCCCCUCUGCAGUGCACUGCAAGCCGAUGGUGGUGGACAGCCAGCUGUAUGUGGUGGUGGCCCAGUUGUUUGGUGGCUCUUACAUUUACCACUGGGACCCCAACACCACGCGCUUCACCAAGCUGCAGGACAUCGACCCUCAGCGCGUGCGCAAGCCCAAUGACCUCGAGGCCUUCCGCAUCGAUGGCGACUGGUACUUUGCCGUGGCUGACAGCUCCAAGGCGGGGGCCACCAGCCUCUACCGCUGGCACCAGAACGGCUUCUACUCCCACCAGGCCCUGCAUGCCUGGCACCGUGACACUGACCUGGAAUUUGUAGACGGCGAGGGCAAGCCACGCCUGAUCGUGUCCAGCAGCUCCCAGGCCCCCGUCAUCUAUCAGUGGAGUCGCACCCAGAAGCAGUUUGUGGCCCAGGGCGAGGUGACCCAGGUGCCUGAUGCCCAGGCUGUGAAACACUUCCGCGCAGGUCGCGACAGCUACCUGUGCCUCAGCCGCUACAUCGGCGACUCCAAGAUCCUGCGCUGGGAGGGCACCCGCUUCUCCGAGGUGCAGGCGCUGCCCUCCAGGGGCUCGCUGGCCCUGCAGCCCUUCCUGGUGGGUGGCCGCCGCUACCUGGCGCUGGGCAGCGACUUCUCCUUCACACAGAUCUACCAGUGGGAUGAGGGGCGGCAGAAGUUUGUGCGGUUCCAGGAGCUGGCGGUGCAGGCCCCUCGGGCCUUCUGCUACAUGCCUGCUGGGGACGCCCAGCUGCUCCUGGCCCCCAGCUUCAAGGGACAGACACUUGUGUACCGACACGUGGUGGUGGAUCUCAGUGCCUAGAGGGGGUCCGAGGCCUCUGGGUUCCUCGGGCAGCACUGGAGGCUGGGUGGAGCCUCCGGGUGAGCAGCAUGUUUGCCUGUGUGAAGACACAUGUAGCCAACCUGCAUAUGUGCCCUCACAUACACAUCCCCCCGGUGAGCAUGGACCGUACCGUGGACUCUAGCCCAGGGAUGCCACUUAAUUUUCACUGUAAUCAGCAUGACGUCUUGUAUACGCACCAGACAACCCAGUCCCUGGUGCCCUCCUAUGUGUGGACGCCGGUUCACCCCACACCACAUCUGCAGCCUCCCUUGCUCUGCUGCCUUCCACAUGCUCUGGCCCAGGGAGGGGUCCUGGGGGGGCUGGAGGCUGAACCGCUCCCUCCUGUUCUUCAGCUUAUCCUUCUGACCCUCCGGUCUUUUCUGUUGGUGCUCCAGGUGUCUGUUUACCUGCUCAUGCUCCGCAUUGCAGCCCAUGGCCACAUCCUUCGUACUGCCGGGUGCGCUCACCCACGCUACCCGCCUUCUGCACGCACACGUGGACAGACUCCCUCAGUUACACGCACACACACCUGUCUACACUUCCAUCUCCACGUGCACACAUGCAGAUUCAGCGCUGCCUAAAGUGGGUCCCCUCCAUGACCUUGCCUCUCUUCCUGGAGGGGCACAGAGUACCCGUCCUCCUCUGCUCACCCCUGGUGUGCCCACCCUGCAGCUGAAAACGAUUGGAAUGGUGGUGCCAACCUCUGGGCACCAGCUUGACCUCCUGGGGGCAAAGCCCCUCUGCCUGAAGCAAUAAAAACAGCUGCAGCAGACCCUGCCUUCUUCCCAGCGCUGUCUCAGUGCUCACUGGAGUUUCCUUCUCUGACUCUGAAUCCGGCUCACUGGUGAACAGGAGACCCCCAGAUGAAAGCCUUUCUGCUUUUCUUUCCUUAGCUGCCCCAGCCUCAGACCACCCCCUGGUUCAGCCCCACCAUUGGGAUAUGGACCCUGCGCUGUGUUGGCUCCUUUGGGUGCGUCCAAGGGCUGGCCAAGCCAGGGACGCUGCAAGCACCUGAGGCAUCUGGGCAGGUGCCAGGAGUGGAGCUGGGCUGAAGAGCAUCCUGGGGGCCCUGGCGCCCCUCCAAACCACAGAGGCACACCCCAGGAGCACUGCCUUUCAGUGCAAGCUGAGUGCCGCAGGGGGGAGGGAGGGAGGGUCCUGUGGGAGCAGCACCUGGCAGCCAAGCUUCUGCUGCCCUCUGCUGUACGCUGGGAAUAGAGGGCUCUGAGAUGUUAGGCUGGUAGGGAAGGCACAGGGCGGGGAGUCUCUUCCCUGUGCCCAGACUGUGUGGGGACCUCCAGGUAGGAGGAUGCCCAGGGGCACUUGGGGACAAUGCUCUGAUUCACUUGCUUCAAAUAAAAAGUUUCCACCCCAUUGAUGGCUCUCAGGUAUCCAGUGGUGAUGGUCAGCAGCACCCGUUUCCUUAAGAACAGAGCUGUGUUGUCUGUCCCUGCUGCUUGCAGGGGGCCAGCAUCAGCUUUCAGACCCCCUUCCUC